AUGCCCAAGUUUGUCCCUCGCCAGCGAAAGCAGAAGCACAGACAGAAUGAGGCCGCGAAAGCUGCUCCGGUAGACACCAAUGUCUCCGAAAUCCAGCCCGCCUCCAAAAGUGAGAGGGAAGCGAGACGCCAAAAUCUCAGAGAAGAAUUGAGAUCGCAACAUGAGCACGUUUCUGCUAAGAAGCAGAAGCGUCUUGAUAAAUACAUUGAAAACAAACUCAAGAAAGAAGAGAACCUCGAACUCUUGAAGAAACUCGCGCAGCAGAAAGUCGAUACCUCCAGUCUUCAGAGCUCUAGAGAGAUUGGGAAACGCAAGCGACAGGAUGACUCGACGGCCAAGUCCCUUGAAGCGAAUGAAACUCCCGCCCAACGCGUCCAACACUCCCAACACGACCUCUCCGGCGACGAAACAGACGAAUCGGACCUCAAACUUAAAGCAGGCCUGGCGAUAGAAACAAGGGUUGAAGAUGAGCCGAAACCGCAGGAGCCAGCAGUAAUCGGAAGUGGAUUGAAGCGCCCUCUUGAAGUCGGAUCGGACGGAUUCCCAUUACUCAAGAAGCGCAAGCGGGUGCCAAAGGUAAAACCAGCGGCUGCAGCGGAGGAAGUGCCAUGGGAGGGAUUUGACUCUGAGGAGGAAGAGGAUAGCGAUGAUGAGGAAGAUGAGUCGGAUAGUUCCGAGGGCGAAAGUGAAGAUGACGAAUCAGAGGGCGACGAGGAGGGCAGCGACGAAGACGAAGACGAAGACGAAGAAGAAGAUAACGACUCGGGCUCAGAUGCUCCACCACGCCGGUCUGCGUUCAAAGCAUGGGCACAGCAAGUGAUUAAUGAAAACGUGGGAUUCACACCGACUACAGGACCGGUUGAAGUACCCGAAGUGCCGGAAGCAUUUGAACCUCCACGCAAAGAGGCGAAAAACACAGUCGAAAUGGAGGAACCCCUACCCGCCGAGCUGCAAGUCACGACAGGAGACCCCAACCGGAAAGCCUUCAGUGUCCCAGUUGAUCGCCCGGAAGAGAUACAAAACGCACGUUUGGGAUUGCCGGUUGUGGGUGAGGAACAGAAGAUCAUGGAAGCCAUCCACAACAAUCCAGCCAUUGUCAUUUGGGGAGCUACUGGUAGUGGUAAAACGACGCAACUGCCGCAGUUCCUGUUCGAAGCUGGCUAUGGCAACCCCGACAGCCCUAACCCAGGCAUGAUUGGCGUGACUCAGCCUCGUCGUGUCGCUGCCGUUAGUAUGGCAAAGCGCGUUGGCGAUGAGUUGGGCCAGUAUUCGAAACAGGUUUCUUAUCAGAUCCGGUUCGAAAGCACAGCAAGCAGCAAGACCGCUAUCAAAUUCAUGACCGAUGGUAUUUUGCUCCGUGAGAUUGCGGAGGACUUUGCAUUGCUCAAAUACUCUAUCAUCGUCAUUGAUGAAGCACACGAGCGAAGCGUCAACACGGAUAUUCUCAUCGGUAUGAUCAGCCGUAUCGUGGAAUUGCGAAAGAACAUGAUGCAAGAGGACCCAUCUGUCAAGCCAUUGAAACUUGUGGUCAUGUCUGCGACGUUGCGAAUUUCAGACUUCAUGCAGAACCCAAGCCUUUUCCGCCAUGGGGCACCUCCUCUCGUUCAGGCUGAAGGCCGUCAGUAUCCUGUCACUGUACACUUCGCCAGACGAACACACCGUGACUAUCUUGAAGAGGCAUACCGAAAGGUAUCACGGGGACACCGGAAGCUACCACCUGGAGGCAUGCUUGUGUUCUUGACCGGCCAGAACGAGAUUAGACAGGUCUCCAAGCGGUUGAAACAGGCAUUCAAGCCUACGCAACGGGGUGAGGUCGCCCAGGCGAAGGUCCAGAUUUCUGCCAACGAUGCCCCUAUCGAGGCUGAAGAUAUGGAACUUGGGGCUACAGAGAUGGCCGCUCCGGGCAACAUGGAGGACGACGACAGCGAUCUGGAGAUCACUGGUCUCGACGAUGAUCCCGAGGAAGACGAAGACUUCAACCUGGGUGAGGAGGCAAUGGACGCUUCAACAAAGGUUCAUGUGUUGCCACUGUACUCGCAACUCCCUACAAAGGAGCAACUCAAGGUGUUUGAGACUCCACCGGAAGGCUCACGACUCAUUGUUCUCGCGACCAACGUGGCGGAAACCAGUCUUACAAUCCCUGGCAUCAAGUACGUGUUCGACUGCGGACGAGCCAAGGAGAAGCAGUACGACCUGUCGACAGGUGUGCAGCGCUUCCAAAUCGACUGGAUCAGCAAAGCCAGCGCAAACCAGAGAGCUGGUCGUGCUGGUCGUACAGGACCCGGUCACUGCUACAGACUCUACUCGUCAGCUGUCUACGAAGGCGAGUUUGCCGAAUACACUGACCCAGAGAUCUUGCGGACGCCAAUUGAGGGUGUCGUGCUGCAGAUGAAGAGCAUGGGUCUUCACAAUGUCAUCAACUUCCCGUUCCCUACACCCCCCAGCCGUCAAGGAUUGGCAAAGGCCGAAAAGUUGCUGAAGAACCUUGGAGCCCUCUCGUCCAGUGGCCAGAUUACCCCGAUUGGACACCGGUUGUCCACCUACCCGCUGUCACCGCGAUUCAGCAAGAUGCUGCAUAUCGGUCAUCAGCAUGGUUGCAUGCCCUACGUCAUUGCGCUCGUUGCGGCAUUGGCGGUGGGAGAUCUGUUUGUGCCGGGGAAUCAAAUUGACCCAACUCCAUCAAAGAAGGAGGAGAAUGAUGACGAUGACGAAGACGUAAAGAAAAAGAAAAAGGUGUACACAAACCAAGACCGUCUAGAAGACACAGCGCGGGAACAGCGCCACAAAGACUUCUCCCGAGCGCACCGUCUGUUCGGCAAACACGAUGAUACCUCAGACAGUCUGAAAUACCUCUCCGCCAUCUGCGCCUACGGCUACGCAUCCGACGGCGAUGCCUUCGCUGAGCAGAUGUUCCUCCGUGCCAAGGCAUUCAAGGAAGCAACCCAACUCCGCAGCCAACUUACCGACAUUGCCCGCAACAACAACCCCGGCAUCGUCCCCGCCUACACACCUCGCCUUCCUGAACCAUCCGAUAAACAAAUCAAAGCUCUCAAGCAAAUCGUCACAGCGGGUUUCAUCGACAACAUCGCUAUCCGCGCAGACCUCGCCCCGGUCCCGCCGGAGAUGCACCGUACCCCGAAACGCGCUAUCGAUGUGCCCUACCUCACCCUCUUCAAGUCUCGCGAGGGACCUGCAACAGAACUCCAAGAGAAAGCCGUCUACGUGCACCCUACUUCGCUACUAGCAUCUCUCUCUCCGAAGGAAAUGCCGCAGUACGUCAUCUACUCGCAUCUGCAGCAGUCCGCGCCGAGCCUUGUAUCCGCGGACCAGACACCCAAGGUGCGGAUGUAUCCGCUCGUCGCACCCAGUGGGUUGCAGCUAGCUGCGAUCGCCCACGGGACGCCGCUGCUGGAGUACGGAAAGCCGAUUGGGAAGAUCGAGUUGUUGGAGGGAAGCAUGCCUCCAAAACGGGCCUGCUGGGUUGUGCCGUCGCUGGUAGGCGAGGCGGGUGGUAUGGGGUGGCCGUUGCCUGCCAAGAAGGUAAUUCAAAAGAAGGAUCCCAAGGGAGGAUGGGUCAUUGAAAAGUUUAGCACUUAA